AUGCAAUCCAAGAUCAUCGCUGCUGCUACUUUGGCCGCUGUUGCCACCUCCGUCGCUGCUGACGGUUACACCCCAGGUAACCCAUGGACCACUUUGACCGCUUCCGGUUCUUACAACUGUGGUCUACCAAAAUUCACCUCUUCUUUCGGUAUUGCCGUUCAACCAAUCACUACCAACGCCAAGAGAGGUGUUGUCUCCCAGAUCAACGACGGUCAAAUUCAAGCCACCGCCAGUGUCGGCGAUGGUACCACUACCAUCACCAAGGCUGUGACCAAGACUUUGAAGCCAACCAAGGCCUCCUCCGUUGUCUCUUCUGCCAGCUCCAACACCACUAUCUCUUCUUCCACCACUGCCAGCUCCUGCGCUGCCACUGCCACCGUUAACCCAUCCGCCAACUCUUGUAAGAACAGCGGUACUUUGCAAUUGACUUUGAACGACGGUGUCUUGACCGACGGUAAGGGCAGAAUCGGCUCCAUCGUCUCCAACAGACAGUUCCAAUUCGACGGUCCAACCCCACAAGCCGGUGCUUUGUUGGCCAAGGGCUGGUCUAUCACCCCAGCCGGUAACUUGGCCCUUGGCGAACAAGAUGUCUUCUACCAAUGUUUGUCUGGUAACUUCUACAACUUGUACGACCAACACAUUGCUGAACAAUGUUCUCCAAUCCACUUGGAAGUUGUUGGCUUGAUCGACUGUUAA